AUGUCAUACAAGGUUGAAGAACUCCUUCGACUCAGGGAUUCGGUCUCUGAGUCGGCCGUCUCGAUAGACAAGUUCGCCGAUGAAGAGGUGAUCAAGGAACACGUUCUCCGACCAUCCGCGUCAGCGAGCAUUGUCAGCGGGCACUCUGAAAGACAACUUCGACCAUCACGCAUUCCUGCAGUCGCAGCAGCGACAAACAACCCGAAGAAGCCGUCACCGUCUCCCUCCGUUAAGCGUGGCAAGGCUGAGAGACUUCUCAAAGAGCACGGCAGCCCGCCUAGCAUGCGAGUCACUGCAGGCGGUCGGGUUGUUCCCAGCGAUUUACAGCCCUUGAGUGUCGCGCGGUUUGGCAACAACAACAUGAAGCCUCAUUCGGUCAGGAACGUCAGUCCGGGUAACCUCAUGGGGCCACCGCAUCAGCUUGAUGUCAACGGCCUUGCCCAGGUCGAGGUAAUUGGCACACAGGCUGUCAUUCGAAUCGGGGACCGCGUAUAUGCUCUUCCUGCCUUCACUGCCGGUGCUCCAAAUACUGUUGCUGCUCCUGGAGCCUCUCUGAAUCGUCCGGAAAAUGAACCCAUCCAACCGACCCUCGAGUCAGGAAGGGCUGUGUCCGCGACCUUGGGCUCCAACAUCCCUCUGUCUUCCAAGCCGCCAAAUUCCCAAGCGCAGCCUUCUGCCGGUCAUGAUCUCUCGGCCCUCAUUACACAGCAAUCUAUGAAGAAGCAGGAGCUCAAGAAUGUUCAGCAAGCCGAAGUUUGGGGAUCGGACUCUAAUGGCCCCGCUUGGCGAAAGGAAAUAAUCUCCAAGAAGAAGAGCCUCAUCUUGGAGCUUGACGUGCUGCGUAAACAAAUCCUUGCGGCAGAAGAAGCAUCAAAGGUAGCCGCUGCAGCAACUGCAGCUUACGUCAAUACUUCCAGCCCUUCUGAUACCACUACAACCCUGAUACAGCAACCGUAUCCGCCACAAUUUCAAGCACCUCACCAGCACUCCAUGUAUCCUACUAUGGGCGUCCCGUUCGCAUUACCAACUCCAAAUCCCUAUGGUCCGCUCAUGAUGUAUCCGCCAUAUCCCACGCCUCAAAGUGUGAUGCCUGAGCCUGCACCCUUCAACCAGAACAAUCAACUGUUUGUAUCCAACGAGGUGUCAACUAGCGGUGGCCCCGUGCCACUAGCACGUCCCCAAGGAGUGAAGUUGGCACAAUCUCCAGGCUCUGCAAGUCGUCGUUCGCACGCGAUCGAGAUCAAACCACCCAGAGAGGAAUGCAGAAAGCCACUUGCUCAAGGCUCUGCUCUCGACCCCAAGAGUCCGACAUAUGAGCCAGCCCAGAACACCAGUGGAAAAAUGUCCGUCGCGAAGGAGUCUACGCCCCCGACGCCAUCUCCAGCAAAGCAACCUUCCUGGCGACUGAAAGAUGUCCCUUCAUUCCGGUCUCAUCGACACGAGGAAACAGCUAUUUCUCAGAGGCCCAGCCUUUCCAGCAUUGAUACCAGCGAUUUCUUCCCUACGAAUACUCAUGAACACUCGUCGACUAGGAUCGCGCCAGACAAGGCGUCACAACAAUCAUCGCGUGAAAAUGUCACUGCACCGAUUACCCCAGAGAAGUCGUGGCCCGUAGGUCCCUGGAACUCGCAACGCUCGAGUGGCCGAUCUGUCGGAAUUGGUGUAGGCCUGCAGGAAGAUUUGCCGCGACUGACUUCCUGGCCCGAGGCUUUCGGAAACAAGUCUUCUGUUCCAAAAGCACCAACCGUCAUGGAUGCGAGGAUAUCGGGCCAUCCAACAGCUAGUGACCUGAAUUGGCCAACGAUUGCGUCUGAACCUGUUGCCCAUGCCCCGACAACUUACCAAGAGGGCUAUCAGGCUGGCUUGCAACACGCAGGGCUCCCGAAUAACCGGGAGUUUCUCGCCGGACUUGUCGAUGGCCUCGUUAAUUAUCUGAUGGAAGUACGAAGUGACUUAAAGCAUGCCCCGAAAGAGGUCAACGGUAGUUCUUCUAUCCGAUCAUCGCUUCGCGGUAAUCUUUCUGGGGGCACUUUGCUCGACUCUGCCACCCAAUUAACUGAGAACAUUCGCACCGGAAAGCCCCAAUCAGCAUUAUUUGUGCCUCGUGGAACGUACAAUGAUGUCGUGGAUCCCAAAAACGCAAACGUAUACGGCCAUCAAGCGGCUCAACCAUCUCCCCAGCAAUAUCAAACUGCUGAAAAGGAGGCAAUAUUGGGCCAGCAUUCUCUCGCAAUGACCAAGGUGGUCGGAACUGGACGUUCUCACCUCGUGAGUGAGCGGUCGAGCAAAGGGUUCGGUAGCCAAGUUUCCGGCAAUCAAUUGUCGACUCUUUCAGCGGGUGGAACCACCCCAUUCUCCACUCGCUCUUUUCCCUCGCCGAAAGAUUUCAAGUUAGGAAGUGGAAGAGCAGAGGGCGGCUCACUGCGGCCAGCCGCUCGUAAACAAAUAUCUGGAUUGGACGGGGCGGCUGAUGAUCUGGCCGGUCUUAUCAUCGAGCCCACCACCGAAGAUCAUGAGGCAGAGCCAGGAGCUUCCUGCUUCGGCAACUCUUCGAACAAAGGCAAACAGAAGGUGUCCUCUUCUCCGAGCAAGCCCAAGCCGGGCCAUGUCACUGGCAACGAGGAUUCGUCCCCCGCCAAUGCAUCUGGAAACACGAGGAAGUCUGGGGAGCAUUCUCCCGCCAAGGCGAAACUUGAGCACGUCACGAACAAGCUUCGACGGCCCAGGAAGGAUGAUGCACGUAUGGCCCCCGACGAUGACAAGCAGAAGCGUACAGCUAGGUGGCGAACCCGGUUCCAGCAGAUCAGGGCCAGUGAGCGUCAAGACAUGGACAAGUACAUGGCUGAGAACCCGCCAAAGAAGUCCGGAGAAUCCACACGUCGUUGAGUCUCCUUCCCUUUCCAGACUUUGCGCCUUCAAUUUCUCCAUUCCGCACGAGAUCGACGCAAAGCUUGUCUUCGCCAUUGGCAAUCAACUAGCAAGGCGAGGAAUUUCCACUCUUGGGUCCGCUAUAUGGGGUAGAGACCGUUGGUCUUAGCAGGUCCAUUAUCAAUCCCUUGUCCACGAUUUUAUCUUCACAUAUGGCACUACGAAGAACAGUACUAAUCACGAUGCUUUUUGGCGGCGAUGGCAUUUCCCAAAGCACGCACCGAAGGGGUUUGGGGCAUAUGGAUAGCUCAUCGAUUACCUUUUCUUCUCGGGCAAUGUUCUGAUAUCCGAUAGCAGAGCAUCACAUCCUUGUAUUCAGAAUCAUUACCUG